UUAUUUUUUUUUAAUGUCUCACUGAAAUGACUGAAACAUUGACGGCAGACGUGUUUUUUUAUAUUAAUGCGUGUGACCUCUCGUUAUCAAGUCUAUCUCAUGUAACUAUUCAGGAUUGAGGUCAUUUCUAAUCCAAACAUUUAAGACUGUCAAACCAUAAUAAACCUAUUGACGUGGUUAUAACAGUAACGCUUAAUAUUGAGAUGUUUAGUAAUGCCCUAAUUAAAACGAAUCUACAUUUAGCACUUAUCCUAAAAAAAAACAUUUGUAGUUAUGUCUCCAUGGUAACAACAGUUCCAUCAAAGUACCAUAGCAAAAGUACAUAAUGAGACGGAGCGCCUGCUGGCCCCUGUGAUGGGAUACGGCUCCGGGGAUCUGAACGGCGGCUGUCAUCGGGGCCCUCCCGUCCUGGACGUGAGCUCGCCGGGGUCACGGCUGCGGGCCGAGGAAGAGGAGGAGGAGGCCCUCAGGAGGAAGCUGAAGUACUUCUUCAUGAGCCCGUGCGAUAAAUACCACGCCAAAGGCCGCAAACCCUUCAAGCUGGUCCUUCAGCUGCUCAAGAUCAUCAUCGUCACCGUACAGCUGGUGCUGUUUGGUCUCAGUAAUCAGAUGGUGGUGGCGUUUAAGGAGGAGAACACAGACUCCUUCAGGCACCUGUUCCUCAGAGACUACGUGGAGGAUUCGCAGGAGCCGCUGUGUAUCCACACGCAGAGAGACGUCUACGAUCACAUCGAGUACGCCAUAGAGCAGUAUCUGGCUCUGCCGCGGACGUCGGUCGGGAGGUACGCGUACGCGCGAGGUUCGGCCGUGAACGACAGCGCCCUCUAUCUGUGCCAGCGCUACUACAGGAAGGGCACCAUCGACCCGGUCAACGACACGUUUGACAUCGACCCCCAUGUCGUCACCGACUGCAUCGGAGUGAACCCACCCCCAGACCCCUCGAAUCCACCGCUAAACCACUACAAGAACAUCAGCCUUAAUUUCCAAAAGUUGAUUAAUGUGACCAUCCAGUUCCAGCUGAAGGCGAUAAACAUCCAGACGAUUAUCAACAACGAGAUUCCCGACUGCUACACCUUCUCCAUCACCAUCCUGUUCGAUAACAAGGCUCACAGCGGGAAAGUGAAGCUGAGUUUGCUCAACGAGGCGUCCAUUAAAGAGUGCAGAGACACCAAUGUGUCGGGACACGGGGACAGUUACGCGCGCGUGGCGUUCGACGUGUUGGUGGCGGUGGUCUGCGGUCUGUCUCUGGUGUUGUGUGGACGCUCCAUCCUCAGAGGAGUCAUCCUGCAGCACGAGCUUGUGUGUUAUUUCCGUCAGUCUCUGGGCCGCUUGGUCAGUUGGGGCGACCGUCUGGAGUUCAUCAACGGCUGGUAUCUGCUGCUCAUCAUCAGCGACGUCCUCACCAUCAUCGCCUCCUUCAUCAAGAUCGCCAUCGAGUUCAAGAACCUGUCGUCGUAUGACGUCUGCAGUAUCUUGAUGGGAACCUCCACCCUGCUGGUGUGGGUCGGCGUCAUACGAUACUUCAGCUUCUUUCAGAAAUACAACAUUCUGAUCGUGACUCUACGAGCUGCGUUUCCAAACGUGAUCCGCUUCUGCUGCUGUGCUGCUGCCAUUUACAUGGGCUACUGCUUCUGUGGCUGGAUCGUCCUGGGACCCUACCACGCUAAAUUCCGCUCUCUCUCGACGGUGUCGGAGUGUCUGUUCUCUCUCAUUAACGGAGACGACAUGUUUGCCACGUUCUCGGAGGUGGAGCAAAGCGGGACGCUGGUGUGGGUGUUCAGUCAGCUCUAUCUCUACACCUUCAUCUCGCUCUUCAUCUACAUGGUGCUGUCGCUCUUCAUCGCGCUCAUCACCGGAGCCUACGACACCAUCACCCAACAAACCCAGGACGUGCCGCAGGUGUCUGAACUGCACCGGUUCAUCGCCGAAUGCACCGACACGCCGACCUCCGGAAACUUCCGCAGCCCAGAGCCGUCCACGUGCUCGCUCUUCUGCUGCUUCAACUAGACAGACUGUGCUUGUGAAGGGCAUUCUGGGUAACACUCCAUUACUCCGGCGCUCGGCAGAGAAAGGGAACACGCUCUUCUGUGUUUGUUUACAGCGUGCAGCUUUUAAGUGCGUUAGAAUUAAUGAGCGGAAGGCGCUUGACGGUUUUUAGCAUCUGCUUUUGUGACGAAGCCCAGCUGAAGCGAGCCCUCUAGAGGCGUGGAGGAGCCACAGCACACAAAGUAACAAUACUACUUCAGCUCAAUCUCACAUUUCACCCUAAAACUGAAAGCAAACGAUAGGAAGUUACGGAAACGCUUUCAUUAAUUAACCACAUUAGUUGAAUAAUACUCCUACAGCAUUCGUUAGUUAAAGUUUAUUUCCGUAUUAUUAAAAUGAGCGUUAACUUUAGGUAGUGCACUAUGAGCUAUUAGCUGAUGUUAACAAAAGUGUUAGCCAAAUUACAUUUUGCUUCAAGACAGAAAAGCUGCUUUAAGACCAUUGCAAUGUUUUGCAUUUUAUUUUAGGUCGAAAUGAGUUUAGUGAGCUGCAGCACACGUGAAAACACACUUUCCGAACGUUAUAUGGCGGGUGCUUUGGUAAAAAAAAACAGAAUGAAAGCUAAAAAAUGUUUUUGCUUAAAAAAAAAAAAAAUCCUUAUUUUGCUUUGUGUUAUUAUUUUUUACAAAAUUGUAAAUUAAUUAAUAUUAUUUUUUAAUUAUUAUU